AUGACGGCUCCGGUGAAGCACGUGAGGGUGCUGGCGCUGCCGGUGUUUCGCCAGCAGUGGUCGUUCUACGCGUGGACGGGGAGCGCGGAGGCGGCCGCGGGCGGAGCUGGCGGGGGCUGGAAGGAAGCGGCUCAGCGGGGAUCGUUCAAGGAGCUGCUGACGUUCAUGCGGCAGGGCCUGCUGAGCAAGGGCAAUGCGGUGAUGACGGCGCAGUGGGAGGGGCUCCGAGAGUCGCGACCGGGGACGCUCAAAAACCGGAUGUUCAAGUUGGUGCAAGCGGUGCUGUCGAAGGAGGACCCGAUCGAGUCGUUCCUCAAGCAGGUUCCAGCGGACGAGGACUGCCGCCUCGAGGUUGUGUACCCCUCAGGGUACCCCGAGCGCUUCAUUCGCCGGCGCAUGCGGCUCCUCGCGCGCCACGAGGCCCUCCACAGGUCCCGCCGCAACGCUUGGGGGGCGCUCACGGCACUCCUGUCGCCCAUGGCCGUCACGCCGAUCCCGAACCUGCCGCUCUACUACGCCGCGUACCGCUUCCAGUCGCACCGCCGCGCCCUCCUCGGCGCCCGCACCCUCAAGCGCGCCUUCGCCACCUACGACGAGGCGCGCGCGGCGUUGGCAAAAGACGAGGCGCUGGCGCUGAAGCUCGCGACGCAGCUGAAGCCCGUCGUGGCCGCGGCGCCCGCGGACGAGCAGGGCGCGGCGCGGGCGCCCGCGGGGGUCACGGACCUGUGCGCGAAGGAGACGGCUCAGGGGGUCGCGGAGGGUGAGGGGGAGGGGGGGAGUGAAAGGGGGGGUCUUUUGGCGGUGGGGGGGGACGCGUGGGCGCGGCUGCAGGAGGUCGCGGCGCAGGUGCGGGGGCGGUGGGUGUGGGGUGCGCGUGCGGAGCCGGGGCCACGGCGGGCCGCGGCAGCGGUGAGCGAGGAGGGGGUCGCGGCGCGAGGCGAGGCGGAGGCGGAGCAGGCGGCGCAGAAGCCGUGCGAGAUGAGGGAGAGUCUGGCGCACGUCUGGCCAGACGAGCUGCUUGAGCACGCGGAGGAGGUGCCGGUGUUCACGGCGAGCGAGGAGCUGGGGCAGUUGAUGGCGGAGGAGUGUUUGUUGGAAGUCCCCCUGCAUGACUCGACGGUGCUGCGGAUCGCGGAGGCGCUCGGGGCGGGCGACGGGCUCAUGGGCGUCGUGGCGCGGACGCGGAAGAAGGCCGUCGGCGCGUUCUUUGUGUACGAGGGGCAGGACCCAUGA